CUUGAAACUCUCUCCUUCCCUCUUUUCUUCUCUCCGGACUAAAAUCAUGGCACAAAGUGCCAGUAGUAGAGAGGUGACAAACUUUUUAAAGCAGAUAUAUUUUAUUUUUAAAGUUAUAGAAUGACCUCUUUCUCUCCUUUAAAAAUUCGCAAUUUGUUCGCGAACAAUAUAUCAUUGUACGUAUAAAAUUUUUAAUCGCGUUAAAUUAUUAGCUAAAUCUCAACAGCUGUGUGAAAAAAAAUUUUAACUUUAUAUUUGCCAAAGCGUUCAUAAAUCUCGACUCGCUAUUUCGAUAGCGCGCUAUAGAUAUCGGCAGUUCCGAUGUUCACAAGAGCAUUAAUAUAUCACAACAACAUACACGAAUAUCGAAUGAUGCGAGAUUUAUGCCAUUUGCCGCUAGCGAAAUUUUUUUCUCGCGACGCAUCCGCUUUGAGGAUCGAUUAUCGAACGGAGCGGAAAAAUCGAGUACGGAACUUGAAGGAAUACCGAUCGUUCUAUCGCAUAUCGACGUGAUUUUAUUUAAAGUCCACACAGAUGCAGGUCGCUCGUACACACGGAUUCCUAAAAACCCGGGCCUUGGCACGGAUUCAACGACCGAGUUUACCAGCGGACCAGCGUCUGGCUCUUCGCAGACUCUGCAAUGUAUGAAAAGAUCCGAGUCGGACGGGACGUCGCUCACGCGCCGAGCGUAAUUCCCUCGAAUAUUUUGCGUCGCGAGUUCCGUCUGCUGCUUGCAGCGGGAAAUGAUACAAACAACAACGCAAACACGAACAGCAGUAUGGAGGACGACGAUUCAUACCCACUGCCUACAAUUUAUCGCUGCCGUGCACCCAUAGCAAGUCUGGAUUGUAUGGAAGAGUUCAACGGCGGCGGCGGCGGCGGUGGCGGCGGCGGUGCAGACUCGGGCGUGCACUGCAGCAACACGACCGGAACGAAAGAGCAGCUACUAACUAGCUGCAUUGCCGCACAAGCGCAACGUUUGCAGCAUCCCUCGCCAGGUAUUCGCUACCGCAACUUGGGCAAAAGCGGUCUACGUGUUUCCAAUGUUGGAUUAGGAACAUGGACCACUUUCGGCGUGGGCGGCUGCGGCAGCGAGGAAACCGCGGAGGCCGUUGUGGCGCUCGCCUACGACAGCGGGAUUAAUGUAUUUGACUUGAGCGAGGCUCACAGCGGACACCGCGCGGAAAUCCAGUUCGGUCGUAUCUUGCUGAGACGCGCCUGGAAUCGUUCCAGUUACGUCGUCACGACGAAAAUUUACUGGAACACCAAGAGCGAGGGUCGCGGGCUAUCGCGGAAACACAUAAUCGAGUCCGUGCAAGCUUCGCUCGUCAGGCUGCAACUGUCGUACAUCGACAUUGUCAUGAUCCACAAAGUCGAUCCAAUGUGUCCGAUGGAAGAGAUCGUUCGCGCUAUGAAUUACGUUAUAAGCAAAGGUUGGGUAAUGUACUGGGGUACAUCGCGAUGGACGCCCGUGGAGAUUAUGGAAGCCUAUACGAAUUGUCGGCAAUUUAAUUGCGUGACGCCGAUCGUUGAGCAAGCGGAGUAUCAUCUCUUUUACAGGGAGAAACCUGAACUCUAUAUGCCAGAAUUGUAUAAUAAAAUUGGUGUUGGUUUGAUGGCAUGGUCUACUGUUACCAUCGGAAUGGUUUCUUCGAAGCCGGAAGAUUGCGGAGUAUCGUUCCUCUCGAGAUCCUCUUACAAAAACAAAUACUCCUCGUUCAGUUGGACGGAGGAUGAAACUCAAUCUUUAUACAAGGAGGAUUACGCGUGGAAAGAGAAACCCGCCGACGAAGAAACACGGAAAUACUCGGAUAAAUUGCGGGACGUGUACGCUCUGGCCGAAAGAUUGGGAUGCUCUUUUGGACAACUGGCCAUCGCGUGGUCCUUAAAGAAUGAAAGUGUUCAGUGCCUUUUGCUCGGUGCAUCCAAUAUAGAUCAAUUGUACGAGAGUCUCCAAAGCUUGCAGCUUAUCCCGAAAUUGAACGCGAACAUAAUGAGCGAGAUCGAGAGGAUUCUUGACAACAAACCGUCCCGACCGCCGAUGAUAUCCACUUUGGCGCUUAGAUGACAAUCGAUGUGCCCCCACGGCAGCGGUGGGGGCUCCAUAGAAGAGGCGGGUAGUCCGAAGAGCGAAGGCGGCAACAGCCAGGAUCAGGAGCAGACCAAGGAAGUGAAUAAUAAGAUGUCUUUUUGUGAGAUACAGUGAUGCACGGGAAAAGGCAGCCCAUCCCGUUCGCUCCCGGUAUUGUCAGGCCCAAGGACCGACGCGGAUGCGGCACGGCCACGUUCUCGCUUUUUCUCUCUUUGGUCGCGGCGUAUGUCGAGUGUAUGUACGGCAUUCGGAGUCGAUGACAAUACUUAAAUAAUUUAUGACAACAUCCGGGAAACUCGCCGUUUUCUCGGCGACUCGGCGACGGCGGGACGCCUCGCACGACGCGACACACUUCCCUUCACGCACGAUUUGUAUCUCUCGUACGUCACGUGUGGACACUCGUAGAUGUAUGUAUAUAGACGGUGAAAACGCGAUGUCGCGCGUAUGCCGCUUUUUAUGAGGGCACACGGAAAAAAACGGAUUAAAACUUCUCUCCUAUAUAAGCCUCCGUAAGUAUCUCUCUCGUGCUGGAGAAUUUAUCGUCGAGGUUUCCAUUCGCAAUUUUCAAGUGUUCAUUAUUCUUAGCGUUAAUAAUCCCGUUUGCUACACUCCGUAGUGAUUGAUCAGAAAUGCGGAAUCGAGAUCUCGAGUGUCCACCGCUAAAACGCAUUCGUUCUGCCAUUUACUGGUCAAGUAAAAGCGAUUCGCGGAUUAUUAACUCGGACGAUAUAGCACGUCGAUUUUCAUCUAACAAUUACAUCAUAGACCGUAAGGAUUUAUCAAGGAUGACACUGCUACAAGCAGAGUGCUGCGUUUUAAGUAUUCUAUCCAGUAUUCCCGUCUCUAAUACGAUACACGAUUUCAUUAAUUCCGGGCUUACGAUCUGCAUCUUUCUUUCGCCACCGCGCUUGAUUUUUCACUCUCGCGUUCUUUCCACUAACUUUUUCUCUCCACUCGCUAUCGCCAGCUUUCUUUUCCUAUCCUCUUCCAUUACCAAUUUGUUGGAAAAUUGAUAAUGAUCAUGUUACACUAAGAGACGCGCAAUAAGAGUAGUGUGUGAGUUUUCAAUAAAGUGGAGAACACAGCGCCACGAGCAUCUCGCUCGUGCGACGAGUACUUUGUGCUUAUUUUCACGAUAUAUAUUGUACUGGCGAGUGAAUGCAGCCGGAGAGUAAAUUGUAUGAUAUUGAAAAA